AUGGCCCCCAGGCGGCCGCUGACGGUCCAGCUCCUGGCCGCGCUGCUUUCCCUCCUCUGCUUUCCCAGGGUCCGAGGCGCCGGAGUCUUCGAACUGCAAGUCCACUCUUUCCGGCCGGGGCCUGGGUCCCCCGGCUCCCUGGGCUCACCGUGUGGGGUCCGGAGCUCCUGCCGCCUCGUCUUCCGCGUCUGCCUGAAGCCCGUGCUGCCUGACCUGAGUCCGGAGCUCCCGUGCGCCCUGGGGGCUGCGCUCAGUACCUCGGGAAGCCCCGGCGCUGGGGACCCCACCGAUCCCGGGCCGCAGCUCUCCCUGGCCGACGGCCUCAUCCGUGUCCCUUUCCGUACCGCCUGGCCGGGGACUUUUUCUCUAAUCAUCGAGUCUUGGCGAGAGGAACUUGAGUCCAGGAGGAAGGAAGAGUCGGGGGAGAAGCUUCCAGGGCCCGAUCGGAGUUUGUUGAGCCGGUUGGCCGGGCGGCACAGGUUGGCGGUGGGCGGGCCCUGGGCCCGGGAUGCUAGGCAGGCGGGCGGCUGGGAGCUCCUCUUCUCCUACCGAGUUCGCUGCGAGCCUCACUACUAUGGUCCUGCUUGUGCCCGCCUCUGCCGCCCUCGGGACGACCCCCUUGGCCACUUCCACUGCGGGGCCAACGGGGAGCGUGUGUGCAUGGAUGGCUGGACUGGCGACAUGUGCGCCCGGCCCAUAUGCCAGGAAGGCUGCAGUGCUGAGCAUGGCUCCUGCCAGAGGCCAGGUGAGUGCCAUUGCAGUCAAGGCUGGACCGGCCCCCUUUGCACUGUCCGAGGCCCUGACAGUGACUGCUCCAGCCUUCAGCCGUGUACCAGUGGAGCCACCUGUUCCAACCUCCCAGGAUUCUCCAGCCGCAGAUGCCUCUUCCCCGCCGGGCUGUGCGAUGGGCACCCGUGUUCCAAUGGUGGCAGCUGCAGUGAGGUGGCCGGGGACUUUGAGUGCACAUGUCCGCGGGGCUUCUAUGGAAAGCGGUGUGAGGUCAUUGGGAUGACCUGUGCGGAUGGGCCCUGCUUCAAUGGGGGUACCUGUGUGGACGGCGGAGCCCCUGCUGGCUACACUUGCCGCUGCCCACCAGGCUUCCACGGGUCCAACUGUGAGAAGAAGAUGGAUCGCUGUAGCCUACAGCCUUGUCGCAAUGGGGGUCUGUGCCUGGACGUGGGCCGCGCCGUGCUGUGCCGCUGCAGGCCGGGCUUCGCGGGGCCGCGCUGCGAGCGCGACUUGGACGACUGCGCGGGCCGGCCCUGCGCCAACGGGGGCACGUGCGUGGACGGCGCGCACAGCUUUCGCUGCUCCUGCACUCUGGGCUUCGGCGGGCGUGACUGCCGCGAGCGUGCCGACCCCUGCGAUCCGCAGCCCUGCGCGCACGGGGGCCGCUGCUACGCGCACUUCUCCGGCCAUGUGUGCUCCUGCGCGCCCGGCUACAUGGGCGCACGCUGUGAGUUUCCAGUGCAGGGGGCCGCCCCCGCUCCGCCUCCACCCGGGCCCCACCGCGGGCCCCCGGCAGCCACCCUGCCUCCGGCCUUGGGGCUUCCCUUCGCCCUGCUGCUCUUGCUGGCGGUGGUGGCCGGAGGCGCGGCCCUCCUGCUCCGAGCUCGACGACGGGGCCCGGGGGCACGGCCCCUUCCUCCCUCCGAAGACCCCUCUCCUCCCACCCUGCCCCCGGCGGACGCACUGAACAACCUCCGGACGCACGAGAGAGGCCCCGGGCACUUAAAAGCACCCAAGCACGAGCGGACGCAGCGGCUGCUGGAGCCUCAGUUAGGAAGGAGCCCCAUCUCCUUCUCCAACAGGGCUGACGAUUGGUGUCUUCCCGAAGACAGCGACCCCCGAACCAUCUUUAUCAUCCCAGACUCCUCCCGCUAUGGCAGAGAGGUUGAGCAGCCAGUACUCUCGGAUGAUUUUGAGGUCUCUGUGGCUGGCAAGCUGGUGCAUUCUAAAAAGGGAGGAGAUGGCUAUGUGGAUGGCUACCUGAAUACUUCGAAAUUCGACAAAAUUGUGGCUCAGAUCCAGCAAGUGCUCAAGGACUUGUAA